UCGAUUUCAGUUCACAAUGAACAGAGCUCUGACUUGCAUCGUUUUCUUGCUAGCCAAUUUCCCAUGGAAAUCCGAUGGGCGUCGUGGAUAUGGACCUGGAGAACAGGACUGGGGCCACAUCGAGGUCAGUCCCGGAGGUAACAUGUUCUACUGGCUGUUCUAUACAACAGAUGCGGAUGUUCGGAUCUAUGCUGACCGGCCGCUGAUCGUCUGGCUACAAGGCGGGCCCGGUUCAGCCUCCACAUCGUAUGGGAAUCUAGGGGAAGUGGGCCCCAUUGAUUUGGACGGCAAUAUGCGUAACUCAACCUGGGUAAAACAUUGCAACGUACUCUUCAUUGACCAGCCACUGGGCACUGGCUUCAGCUAUAUGGAUGAGCACACGAAAUUCCCGAAUGACAACAGAGCGCUUGGAAAGGAUCUGGUCAGCUUUAUGAAAGGUUUCUAUGGCAGACACAAGGAAUUCCAGCAGGUUCCCCUGCACAUCUUCGGUCAGAGCUACGGGGCCAAGGUGGCGUCAGAGUUUGCUCUCCAGCUGCAGGAUGGAAUAACUCGCGGGGAGAUCAAUUGCCGACUGAUUUCCGUUAACCUGGUCAGUCCUUGGAUAUCACCUCUGGCCUCGGUUUUGUCCUGGGGCCACAUCCUUAUCACAAUCGGUGCGAUUGAUGGCCAUUUGUAUAGGGAAAUCCAUGCAGCCUCCCUCAAAGUUGCUAAUUUGACAAAAAGUAAUCUCUGGAGCAAUGCUUCUAAACAGAUACCCACAAUUCAACGGCUCAUAACAGCUCAGGGAAUAGAUAUGUACAACUUUGUGGACCCACCUGAGGAGAACACAGAAGCUCGGGAGAGCCAGAUAAUGAAUGGGCCAGUAAGAGUUGCCCUAAACCUAAGCGAAAAUCUCAAAUUCGAGAGUUCCAGCAACUUUGUCUUCGACAGCCUCAAUCACGACUUCAUGAAAGGCGCUCUGAGAACUGUUAGCCAGCUUUUGAACGACACUUCGCUUAAAGUGAAUAUAAUUUCGGGUCAGCAGGAUCUGAUCUGCUCUACCAUGGGCACGAUGCAAGGGAUAAGGAAACUGAAAUGGAGCGGAAGGAAUGCCUACUUGAGUGCACACCGAAAAGCCAUCGUUUUAGGGAAGCAGAUCGAAGGGUUCCAGAAGACAGGAGGGAACCUGACCAUGUUCUGGGUGAAGUUUGCAGGCCACAGUGUGCCCGUGGGAAAUCCCAGAGCGAUGAGUGAGAUCCUAAAUAUUGUCACGCAGUAAAGAAUUUCCUAAUGACUGUGCAUCCAAGGAAUGCUAAGUAAAUGAAUUAUUAAUUGGGUAGAUUCCCUGAAUCUCGCAA